UUCCAAUAUCUCUCUCUCUUUCUCUAAUUCUUUUUGACUAAAAAUAAGUACUUUUUUGAAUAGUCAGUCUUAACGGGAGUGGAGUUAGUAAACACUUUUGUGCUCUGGUCUGUGUUCAAGUUUUGUCUCUUCUCAAACAGAGAAUCCUAAACAGUUUACGAGAUUCUUGAUUGUCUCUACUCACUAAUGUUUUGUAAAGAUGUGAUUUUUGCUUCUCUCUAUCUUAGUCUUUUUUCUUGUUGAUGUUGAAAUGGAAGCUGUGAGUCUUUAAACGGGAAUUUAUUGCCGACCAAACCCCAGACAAAAAAACAGGUCUCUGGUAGAUUCUAUUUCUAACUAUCGAUUUUAAGAAAAAGGCUUUAACUUGUUUUGAAAGAUUGGGGAUUUGCAAAUGGGUUUGUGUCAUUCGAAAAUUGAUAAGACCACGAGGAAGGAAACCGGAGCUACAAGCACCGCCACUACUACUGUAGAGAGACAGAGCUCCGGGAGGCUGCGGAGGCCUAGAGACUUAUACAGCGGCGGCGAAAUCAGUGAGAUUCAACAAGUCGUGGGUCGGCUUGUUGGCAAUGGUUCUAGUGAAAUUGCUUGUCUUUACACACAACAAGGCAAAAAAGGAACUAACCAAGACGCCAUGCUUGUCUGGGAGAAUUUCUGUUCGAGAAGCGAUACAGUGUUAUGUGGUGUAUUUGAUGGACAUGGUCCAUUUGGUCAUAUGGUUUCAAAGAGAGUCCGAGAUAUGUUACCUUUCACAUUAUCAACUCAACUGAAAACGACCUCAGGAACAGAACAAAGCAGCUCCAAGAAUGGCCUCAACUCUGCGCCUACUUGUGUAGAUGAAGAGCAAUGGUGUGAGUUACAGCUAUGUGAGAAGGACGAAAAGCUAUUCCCCGAGAUGUAUCUCCCUCUUAAAAGGGCUUUGCUCAAGACUUGUCAACAGAUGGAUAAGGAGUUAAAAAUGCAUCCAACCAUCAAUUGUUUCUGCAGCGGAACAACUUCUGUCACUGUAAUCAAACAGGGUAAGGAUCUGGUGGUGGGAAAUAUUGGUGACUCGAGAGCCGUUCUAGCCACAAGAGACCAAGACAAUGCUUUGGUGGCUGUACAAUUGACCAUAGACUUAAAACCUGAUUUGCCAAGUGAAUCAGCAAGAAUCCAUAGAUGUAAAGGUAGAGUGUUUGCCUUACAAGACGAGCCUGAGGUUGCGCGUGUGUGGUUACCGAACAGCGAUUCACCUGGUUUAGCAAUGGCUCGAGCUUUUGGGGACUUCUGCCUUAAAGAUUAUGGUCUAAUCUCUGUCCCGGAUAUCAACUACCAUAGACUCACUGAAAGAGAUCAGUAUAUUAUUCUAGCUACUGACGGGGUAUGGGAUGUUUUGUCGAACAAAGAAGCUGUUGAUAUUGUGGCUUCAGCUCCUAGUCGAGAUACUGCAGCUCGUGCUGUAGUCGACACGGCGGUUCGAGCAUGGAGGCUUAAGUAUCCUACUUCCAAGAAUGAUGAUUGUGCUGUAGUAUGUCUCUUUCUUGAAGACACUUCAGCAGGAGGAACCGUGGAAGUUUCGGAAACCGUUAAUCAUUCUCAUGAAGAGUCUACAGAGAGUGUCACCAUAACAUCAAGCAAAGAUGCCGACAAGAAGGAAGAGGCUUCAACAGAAACAAAUGAGACUGUACCGGUUUGGGAGAUAAAAGAAGAAAAGACGCCUGAGAGUUGCAGGAUUGAGUCCAAGAAGACAACACUCGCAGAGUGUAUAUCGGUGAAGGAUGAUGAAGAGUGGUCGGCGUUGGAAGGAUUGACUAGAGUCAACAGUCUCUUGAGCAUUCCUAGGUUCUUCUCUGGCGAGCUAAGAUCAAGUAGCUGGAGAAAAUGGUUGUGAGUCAACAAAACUCAUAAAUGAUCAAAUUAACAAAGAAUCACUGAUUUUCAUUUCAUGAUUGGUUUUCUUUCCAUUGAUGACAUAAAAAUCGGUGUUUCCAAAUGUCACAAAAUGUUCGUUGCUUCAUAUAGCGAAGUCAGACAAGUUUUUUCUUGGAAGAACUCAUAGAUACAUUUUUUUGUCUCUGCGUUCUAUUUACUUGCUACCAUAUCUUAAA